AUGUUUGUUAGCGAUCUUGAUAUCACGGCUCAGUUGGAAAACAUUAACAUAAGGAUAGACAAAGACAAUAUGCAACCUAAAGCCGACAGACCUCCCGUGUGCCCGAAGGGUCAACUGCCACAGUUACAUCUAACACCGUCAGUCGGUGGGCAAAAAAGAAGCGACGUGUCACAACAAACUUCGAAUAACCCGUGGCUACUAAAACCUCAGCAUGAAAUUCCACCCACACCGCCGCCACAAGCCGACCCACAACCCCCUGAAUUUUUCCCCCAAAGAAUUGUGUAG